GCGUGUUAAGAAGGACAGAAUGCUCUGGAGUAUUUCAGAAUGGCCGCCUUCCUUCUCCCCCUGCCUGAAGCAGGAGGGGAUUUUUUUCUCUGAGAUUACUGUGAGGGCCUGGUUGAGUUCCUGGUGGUAAAGCUAACAAAGGUGUGGGAACUUCUUGGCUAAGUUUCUGCUGAAUUUUUUAACUGUGAAGGUUGUCCACACUGAGCCUACAGCGAUUCACUGGAUCACCCUUCAGGCACUGGUUCCCGCAGCAGUUCCUGUUAGUGAGUCAGCUCUAUCCAAAAGGAGUUGCUUAUUUUUCAAUUUGUUUGGACUUUUACUCAUUCGGACAGAAUGUCUCUGCAAAGCAGAAGCCGGCUGUGCCUUGCAGAGCUGCCAGCUGUGAACUGAGAGAGGCAAGCACACUCACGCCGAGACUGCAGGGCUCUGGGGAGCGGCCUCCCGAGCCUCCACGCCAGACACACUGAGCAUGCGAGCAGCUCUCGCCACAGCAGCCUGGGUGGUUUCCUUCGUCUCUAGUUAUUCAUAUACAACAAAAACUUUGCCAGAUAUUGAAAAUGAAGAUUUCAUCAAAGACUGUGUCAAGAUGCAUAACAAGUUCCGAUCAGAAGUGAAUCCAACAGCCAGUGAUAUGCUGUACAUGACUUGGGACCCCCAACUAGCACAAAUUGCAAAAGCAUGGACAAAACAUUGUCGUUUCCAGCAUAAUGAACAGCUGAAGCCACCCCACAAGCUGCACCCAAACUUUACUUCACUGGGAGAAAACAUCUGGACUGGGUCACUAUCCAUCUUUUCUGUGUCUUCAGCCAUCACAGACUGGUACAACGAAGUCAAACACUACGACUUCAAGACUCGGAGAUGCAGUAACGUCUGUGGCCAUUACACUCAGGUUGUUUGGGCAGCUAGUUACAAAGUUGGCUGUGCAGUACAAUUUUGCUCUAGAGUUUCUGGCUUUGACAGUCUUUCCAAUGGAGCACAUUUUAUAUGCAACUACGGACCAGCAGGGAACUACCCCACAUGGCCGUAUAAGACAGGAGCCCUGUGCAGUGCCUGCCCCAAGAAUGACAAGUGCUUGGACAAUCUCUGUGUUAACCAACAACGAGACAAAGUCACACGUUACUACUCUCUUGCGUAUCCAGACUGGCCCAUAUAUCCACGUAACAGAUAUGCUUCUCUUUUUCUCAUUGUUAGUCCAGUAAUCCUCAUACUAUCUGUUAUAAUUACCAUUUUGGUAAAGCACAAAUACCCUAAUUUAGUUUUUUUGGACUAAUAAAAUCCAGAAAAAUGAA